UCUCAUUUGGGACGAGGAGAAAGCCGGCAGGGGGACCUUAAACUUGGCUGAGGAGAAAGGCGAAAGCAUUGUUACUCCAGCGCCUCGGGAGGAGGAUCUGAGGAGAAGAUAAGGAUUAGACAGCAAUGUUAUGGGUAUUCAUUGAUAGGAUACAACUUCGAAGAAGAAAAAGCCCAGGAAAGUUGGAGCCUCAUGUUGCCGCUAAGCAGUUUACUUUGGAUUUGUGGUUUGAAGUGGGUCCCUUUUUUUUUUUUUUGAGGGGAGAAUGGGAUUAAAUAAGUGAGCCAAAUUGCUCACUUGUCUGACAGUGGUAUGAACUUUUCCCCUUUCUGCCUGCAAUUUCAUACAGACUUACAAGUCAGUAGAGGGAAAUCUUUUUGAACUGAUCUCGGAUGUUCAACGUCAAGUCACCUGAUAAUAACUGGGAAGAAACAUCUUUUUGAGGUGGGGAAUCAGAGGGAUUAGAAAGCUUGAAGGAUCUGACUUCAGGAAACAUGACCUCUGUACAGAAUCCAGGCCCUCUCCUGCUGCUGCUAUGUCUCCUCCAUGGCUCUGAGGAGACCUGUCCCUCCAUGUGCCUCUGUGUAUCCGACACAGUGAGCUGUAGCUCCAGUGGUCUGGCAAAGCUACCUCAGUCCCUGCCACCCUUCUCUGUCACCCUCGACCUCAGCCACAACCAUCUGUCCUGGCUGGGUGCGGGCAGCUUCAACAGGAUGCCCAGACUGGAAAACCUUCGGCUGACCCACAACCAGAUUGGCUCCCUUGGCCAUGGGUCGUUUAACAACGCCUCCAGCCUCAGGCACCUUGACCUGUCCUCCAACAAGCUGCAUGUGGUGGAGCAACACUACUUUCAGGGGCUGUGGAGGCUGGAGGAGCUCCUUCUCUACAAUAAUAAAAUUGCACAGGUGGAGGCCAGUACCUUGAGUGGCCUGAGCAGCUUGAAAAAGGCUUACUUCAGCCUCAACCAGAUCACACACUUUCCAUUCUUCUCCAUCCAAGACCACAGCCAUCCUUUUCUAUCCAUGCUGGACCUCUCGUCCAACCGUAUGAGUCGUCUGCCAUGGGAGGAUGUGAAAGCUCUGCCUGGGUUGGUGCAGCGGGGGCUGUACCUGCACAACAACUCUCUGAUCUGUGAUUGCUCUAUGUACAGCGUGUUCUGGCAUUGGGAUCUGAGGGAUUAUGACUCACUGAGAGACUUCACGGAUGAGCACACUUGUACCAUCUAUGGGAACCCACGAGCAUCCAUCCGGUUCCUGCGACACUCCCGCUUCUUCCAAAACUGCACUUUAGAGAAAGCGGUGUCAAUGCCAGUGACCGUGCUCCUCUCCAAUGUGGUGGUUUUAGAGGGAGAAAGAGUGCAUCUAGACUGCCAAACGUCCCUGAGUAGCACAGACCUCACAUUUACAUGGCUCUCCCCCAGCAAGGGGUACAUCACCCAGAGUAGCAUAAAUGACACACUAAUUAGCCUGUUUCCUAAUGGUACCUUGGAGAUCCAAGCAGUCAAGGUCAAUGACUCAGGUUUGUAUGUGUGCACAGCGGUGGAUAUUAAACAAGCACUGAAUGCGACCCGGGAGGUGAAUGUGACGGUGCUGCUGCCUCCAGCAGAGCCCUUCAACACCGGCUACACAACAUUGUUGGGCUGUGUGGUGACCAUGAUCUGCAUCCUCGUAUACCUCUUCCUGACUCCAUGUCGCUGCAGCUGCUGUAAACAGCCCAAACCUCCAGCCAUCCCGAUUGCGACCUAUGACCCCAGCACUCUAACCUCUGUUUUCUCACCCUCCAUAAGAGACCAGCACAAAAUCCAACCUAACAGGCACGUAGCAUUCAUGGAGCCAAUGUUAAGUGAAGAAGGAACAGAAUGGACACCUGAAAGUUGAUGCUGAACAAGGUUUUCUCCUUUUUCUUUUUCGAAGUGGACUCCUGGACAAAGUAAAACUCCUUACUCAGGAAUUAGCUCAGAGAUGCAAUGAGAGGUGUGUUAACGCUGUAAAGGAAAAAGAACAUCAUGUCUCUAUCCUGACUGCCAGCUGCAGUUAAACGGCCUCCUGAACAAAAAAAGCAAUAUCUCCUGUUCCAAUUCUGCUUCUCUCUGUCAUCUAGCCCAGUAGUCGAAAUGAAAGUUUCAACUGUGGUUUAUUGCCCUCGGUGAACUGACAUUGCUAAAUCACAGUAGAGCCAUUAUCAGCCCUAAAAAUCAGCUAAUAACUUCUCUGUGUACUCAGGUACGGCACUAGGGGGGAAUAUUUCUCGCGGGAUCAGAGAGUGAAUCUGGCUCACUUUUCACAGAAAGUGUUUAACGAGGAUUAAAACCCCCGGAAAAACGCUGCAAGUUCAUGACUGUGACGGACUGCAGAAAGUAAAUUCAACCUGUGUUGAGUUGAGGUGCUUUAAUUGGUGUGGUAGAGAUAGGCACUUGCACUGCAUCAGCUGAAGAUAACUCAUAAUAUACAGCUUAUAUUUCUUAUACUAUGUAGCUUAAACACGGAGCACCUAAACUCUAUCCAACCCCUGAAAACUUAUGUUGCCUGUGUUCCUAAUAAAGGAUUUGUUCCCUUUAGACCAGUUGCCUGCUCUGUUGAUACAGUUUUGGUUUUGAAGGCAAUUUUAGCAAAUCCAUUAUAAUAAAAAAAAGAGGAAUUAAGAUACAGCAAGAAAAGCAAUGAACAUUUCAGUGCAGAAGCCAUAGCUUUCAGCAAGCAUUUAAAAAUCUUAUCUAGCAGAAAACAGAGGUGCAUCCUGCAGUGAUCCAUCAUACAUAAACAUAUCGCAUAUGAACCUGGCAGCCAAAAACAAUGACUCUCUAUCCACACUCUGCUUAUCUGGCAAAUAGUGAAGUACAGAAAUCAGGAGUGUCAACAAACCAAAAACAAACAGCGAUUGGACUGCUCUUCAAAGACGGCAUCUCUUUGAUCAAACACAGCAGAGCACUUUGAACACUGCGGAACAAACACAACCACAAAAUUUGAGCUGAAGUGACAAAUACUUCAAGCAGCUCUGACGCAAACCCCCAAAGAGCAUUACUUUGUACAGCUUUGUUUUUUGCUUUUUAAUUCAGAGUAACAUGCUUCAUAUGACAGAAUUACACACAGCAAUGCCAGAGAUGAAAGAUGCCGAGGAAGGACUUGCAUGCACUGCCAUGAAAGAACAUAAGUGUGUGGGAUGAGAACAUUAAGUCGAUGACAUGAAAGACCAAAGAGAGCAUAUGGGUGGUCAGGGAUGAAGGGAUAUUUAAAACCCGAUGAGAGAAACAGUAGCCUCAAAAGAAACAAAUCAAUUUCUUUAAAUCCAUGCAUCCAUAAUGUUAAAGAUUGCACUUUAAUCUUAAUGCAAACACAGGGUGGGACUAAGGAUUGCAUCGAGAUUGAAUAGGAUUAGAUGUAAUCCUUCAUAUAAUGUCAGAGAGAAGUUGUCUGUAACCACGCAUCUCACAAAGGAGAGCAUGUCGUUAGAGGAGGGGCCUUUGAUUAUUUCUAAAUCCUUAAUUAAAACUUGACUCCUUUCAAGCCCAAGGAGAAUAUUGUUGUGCAGCUUGAAUGUAAAUUGAGAGACAAAAAAGGUGGAAAUCUAAAAUCAAAUGUGCAGCCGUGCAUGAAACUGGGACAGACAAGCUCUUUGACAGUGCUCGGUUUCAUCACUAUUAAACUCCCGGGGAUUAAGCAAAAAUCCGUAAGAGACUAGGAGAGCACUAUAUUGUGAUGCACCACUCUGUUUAAUCACACCGCUACCGUUAUAUUUAGCAAAGUUUUCACAGUGGUAAGCAACAUUCAAAUUCCUGAACAAUUAUGUAACGCUGUGUGUGAUGUAACAUCUCGUAUCAGAAACAUGACCCGUUGUUUUUCAGAGACACUAUAUUAGAGACAUUACACGGUGCGAUGCCUUGGGGUUAGGUUUUAGGAUAUUACCACGAGGAUAAAAACCAGGUGCUUUGUCAAUUUCAGUGUUUUUAAAUCCUUUUAAUCUGGUUCCACUCCCUGACACAGCACACACAGCUGGGUUAGGAUUUAUUGUUUCUGAUAUGAUUAGCAGACGGGUUAAAACAUAGAGGACAUGAUGUGAGCAUUUCUAUUCAAGGGCUUUCUAUUUCACAGAGGGUCCACGGGUGACCCCGGUUGUGUAACCAUUUGAUUUAGGGAAUCAACCUCAGUGUAGGCAGCAUGUCAGAGUCAGAAUGAGUGAAGUUAGUAUCCUGAUGCCAUUUGGUAUCCAGCAUUUCAUUUUAACCUUGUGACAGCGAGUACUUUACCGAUAAUGGGAGGCCUCAGCAGUGCAUUUAAAAAAACGCAAGUAUAAAAAGCACAUCAUAAAUUAUAAUUUUUUGCUUUACGAAAAUCUAUACAUAUUCGAGUCAUUUGAAAUAUAAGGAGGUGACAGACAGACAGAUUUAGUUUGCUGAAAUGUUCUGAAUAGUCCCAAUAAUUACACUUUAGAGGAGCUGUAUGCGACAUUCAGAGCAUUAAUAUAGCAGCAAACAACUAUUUGCUAUGUACAGAUAUGGUGCAGUAAUGGUGUCCUGAACAGAGAAUAAAGUGUGUGCUGUAAUCCGAUCUUCGCUGUUGUUUGUUGUUGUGGUGGUCGGCCCAGAUGCAAAUGCUUGUUAGUGCAUUUGAGUCCCUGUGUGUGUAUCUCACUGGCUAGCAGAUUGCAGGCAUUCUGCACUGUGCUCAUAUGGCGGUUUCUGCUGCUAAAUGGUAAAUGGACUGGCAUUUGUAUAGCACCUCUUUAGUCCUCUGACCACUCAAAGCACUUUACACCACAUGCCAUAUUCACCCAUUCACACACACAUUCAUACACUAAUGACAGAGGCUGCAAUGCAAGACGCCAAUCUACCCGUCAGGAUCUACUCUAAUAUUCUGAUCACCCGAUAAGUGGACAAUCCUGUUUUUCCUCCUAAACCACUGCUGCCCUGCUGUCUGGACCCACGGUGGUGUAAUGGCAUCAUCGUGGAAAUGCAACAUCAACCCUCUGGUUCCCUUAUACAUUAACACCAUUAGCUCUGUCAGUACUGUUGCCUUUGUUAAGGCACUGUUAGCACCAUUAGCUGCCGGCUCCACCACCUCCAUGUUGAAAACCGUGUGCAGGCAAUCCUAGCUAAGACUCUGAUUCAUAACUCCUUUUACACAGCCAGUUCAAGACGGGAGUUUUGUGCUGUUUGCAUGCCUUACUGUUCUUUCUAAAAGGUACAGUCACGAAAUCAGGGUACAGAGCUGUCUCGCCUUUAAGUCAGUAGCGGAGGUAAUAACAGUACCAAAUCGAUGUCUGUGUGAAAAGGACAGAUGGCAGGACGGGACCAUGGACGAAGCGGGUGUAACGUGUUGACGACACGUAAUGUG